AAUCUCUCAUCCUUAGCUCAAACUUUUACUGCUUAUUAAUUAGCUUAGCUUCUUCAACACACACACCCACACCAGGCCUGGCCUGCAGGUUUAUUAUAUUCCUCCAUGGCCACUACUGUUCAUCAAAUAACUAUGUUUCUCCUUCUUCUUCUAAUUUCUGAUGCACUAGUCUCUUCCCUAGCUGCUGCAAAUGUUCCUGCUUCUAGAAGCCCGGAUAUCCUUGUAGCCAUUGAAGAGAUGCAGAAAGCCAACUACUUCACCUUCGUGAUGCUUAUCAACAUGGCUCCCCUUGAUCUCUUCCAAGCCAACAUCACUUUCUUGAUGCCCAAUGACCGGACACUCUCCAGAGCGAUUAUCCCAGAGAGCGAUGCCGUUAAUUUCCUGCUCCGCCACACCAUCCCUUCCGCCUUGCUCUUUGAGCACCUCCAGCGUUUCCCCACCGGCUCCAUGAUCCCAACUUCCAAGCCUGAUCUUAUGCUCCGGGUCACCAACUAUGGGAGACGCCAGUUUUUCCUCAACACCUCUAGACUCAUCAGUCCCAAUAUCUGCACUAGAGGGUCCUCCAUUAGAUGCCAUGGCAUUGAUGGAGUUCUGCAGCCUACAAUAAUGGCAAGUCCCCCGCCCCACGCCGCCGCGGCUAGUUCUCCGCCCUCUGCACCGCCGGUGGCCGCCGCCUUGCCGCCUUCCCCCUCAGCUGACCCCGCACCUACCCCGCCCAGCACAGGCGGCGGCCAUGAUUCCAAUCCGCUGCUCAUUCCACCCCCAGCUGGGGCCGGCGGUUCUAACAACAGCAACAGCGGACAUAAAUGGGGUUCGGGUUCUCACUGGAUGUGCAUUGUUCAUCUGAUGUUAAGUCUUUACGUUACUCUUUUAAUCAGAGCGUGA